AUGGAAGGGACGGAGGCCCGACAGAGGAGGCUGGAAGGCUGUGGCAGGCUGAAGGAGCUGGGGCCACGGCCCAGCCUCGAUGCAGGAAGUCUCCCAGAGGCUUCUGAAGAUGGACAGCCAGAAGUCUCCGAGAGCCAAUGCGUGGAUGCCAAAUCACUAGAGGUCCAGCCCGGCAGGGAGACUGCUCUGAUCAUUGGCUUUCAGGUGCUAAUACCCUACCUGCUUGCAGGCCUGGGACUGUCCUGGGCUGGCUUGCUUCUGAACUAUUUCCAGCACUGGCCAGUGUUCAGAGACGUUAAAGACCUGCUGACGUUGGUGCCGCCCCUCGUUGGUCUGAAGGGAAACCUGGAAAUGACGCUGGCCUCUCGACUCUCCACGUCUGCCAACACUGGGCAAAUCGAUGACCGCCAGGAGAGGUACAAAAUCAUUAGCAGCAACCUCGCUGUGGUUCAGGUGCAGGCCACUGUUGUGGGGCUCCUGGCUGCAGUGGCCUCCCUGAUGCUGGGCACAGUAUCCCACGAGGAGUUCAAUUGGGCCAAGGUGGCCUUGCUGUGCACGAGCAGUGUCAUCACCGCCUUCCUUGCUGCUUUGGCCCUAGGAAUUCUAAUGAUCUGCAUAGUGAUUGGUGCUCGGAAGUUUGGAGUCAACCCUGAUAACAUCGCUACGCCCAUUGCAGCCAGCCUGGGAGACAUCAUCACCCUGUCCAUCCUGGCCCUGAUGAGCAGCUUCUUCUACAGCCACAAAGACACAUGGUAUCUGACACCUCUGGUCUGCGUCAGCUUCUUGGCUCUCACCCCUCUGUGGAUCUUCAUUGCCAAGCAGAACCCGCCCAUCAUGAAGAUCCUGAAGUAUGGGUGGUUUCCCAUCAUCCUAGCUAUGAUCAUCAGCAGUUUCGGAGGCCUCAUCCUGAGCAAAACCAUUUCAAAACAUAAAUUUAAAGGCAUGGCUGUCCUGACUCCAGUCAUCUGUGGUGUUGGUGGCAACCUGGUGGCCAUUCAGACCAGCCGCAUUUCCACCUUUCUGCAUAUGUGGAGCACACCUGGGGUCCUUCCUGUCCAGAUGAAAAGAUUCUGGCCUAACCCUUGCUUCAUUUUCUGCUCUUCAGAAAUCAAUUCUGUGUCAGCACGAGUCCUGCUCUUUCUGGUGGUCCCAGGACACCUGAUUUUCUUCUACCUCAUCUGCCUGGUGGAAGGCCAGUCAGUGACAAGCAGCAAGACCUUCAUGUUGCUGUACCUGGUGGCAGGCAUGAUCCAGGUGGUAAUCCUGCUGUACCUGGCAGAAGUGAUGGUUCGACUGACCUGGCACCAAGCCCUGGAUCCUGACAACCACUGUAUCCCCUACCUCACAGGCCUGGGGGACCUGCUGGGCACUAGCCUGCUAGCACUGUGCUUCCUCUUGGACUCAUUACUGAGGGGCAGAGCUAACCUUGCGGAGCUGGUCUCAGAGCUGGUUUCUGUGCCUCCCUGACUGAGCCUACCACCUGCAGGUCUCCGUGAAACUUUCCCUCAUGUCCAGUGUCUGGCAGGUCGUUCCCCCUGCUGGGGCCUCAAGCUGCUAAACAUCUGUGUGGGCAGUGGCCUCCUCAGUCUGCCAGGGAGACAAGCACACACCUUGAUUCUGAAAUUGGUAGCUGAGCUGAGGUAGAGCCCUGACAUCAGGAGCUCUGCUUGCAAGUGUGUGAGUAUGUAUGCUGUGUGUGUGUGUGUGUGUGUGUGUGUGUGUAGGGCAGGCUGUUCUAACCUGAAGAUGCUGAGGAAGGAGCCUGUUGGUGCAACCUGGACUGGUGAUCCACUGGGUGGAUCCGAAUGGAACUCCUCUGCAUCCCCGGGUCUCAGGACUACCCAUGCCCUGAUUUUGCUGCCAUCACUGGGCUCAGUUCUCUGGGCUCAUGCUCAGUGCUCUGGGCCCAGUGACCAUGCACCUUCACCCCAGGCAGGCCCUGCAUCCCCCUCAUCUGUACUCCAGCAUUUAAUCUUGUGGCUGCUUUCUUUUUAUUUCCUACUUUCUCUGUUUUAUAGCAGAACCUUCUGUUUAGGUUCUGGCGAUCAAGAGAUAUAUAAUAAAACAUAGCUGAUAUGCA